AUGUCUGAAAGUGCAGCCCAACAACCGCCGGAACCUCCAAAAGGCAAAGGCCGCAAGGCAGUCGACCCAAACGCACCGGUCCGAAAACGCCGUAAGAGAACCGUCGUGAGCGGCGCCCCCGAUGACUGCUUUACAUGCUCUAAACGUGGAGCGCGAUGCGAUCGCCGCCGUCCAUAUUGCUCACAGUGCCUUGAGCUCGGCCGAGAGUGUUCGGGAUACAAGACGACGUUGACAUGGGGUUUGGGAGUGGCGAGUCGGGGUAAACUUCGAGGUCAAAAGCUCCCUGUGAUGGAUACGUCGGCGGAGGGGCUAGCGAAGAAACCAUCACAAGCACAGAAAUCGUUACCGACACCACCGCAAAACCGGACGACCGCCCCACGAGACUCGAAGGCCGCAGCGCCAGCGCCUGCUUCGGCUGCUUCGGCUGCUUCAGCGGAUAUGGGAUUUUCCAAUAUGAAUGCAGCGGGCUUGGACGCGACGAAUUCAAAUAAUUGGCGCCACUCGUCAAUAUCAAAUACGCCGGACUCGUUUAAUAUGGCCUGGUCGAUGGAUAUGCCGGAUCCGCAUACUUUGUCUAGUGCACCCGCCAUCCCUCCUCAAAUAUCAGGACUUCCGAUGCCAAGUCAGCCCGGGGCGUCUAAUAGACUUAGUCCAAGCAUGGCAAGUGUGGUAAGCGUGAAAUCGGAGGGAUCAGGAUCGUACCCUGGACUUAGCCCAGAAACCACCUUUGCCAGUCCACUUUGGCCGGUUACAAGAAAUUGGGCAGCUUCAAACGGACAACCACCGACUCAAGAAUGGUCCCCAAAACAAGAAGCAGAUGAAGAUUAUGAAAGAACCAACUCGAGGAGUUCGAUAUUAUGGAAUGCUGGCCAUUCGCCAUCGUACUCGCAGUUACUUCUCGCGCGAUCUAUUGGCCGCACUCCUCGCCUGCGGUAUCUUAUUGGCUAUUUCACCGAAGUUAUCGCACCCAUGAUUGUGGCAUUCGACAGCCCAACCAAUCCCUUCAAAACCCAUGUCUUGCGGCUGGCCCAGGAGAGCGAAGCCCUGCAAGAAGCUAUUGCCACUUUGUCUACAAGCAACCUACGACAACGGCGCGAACGAAACCACAUGUCCACGGAAAGGACACUGCCUGCGCGCAUGUCCUCAAUGGCCCAUCGAGCCCUCACUGAUGAAGCAUUUCAAGAUAAGUAUGGCAUGUCCGUCCCCGAGGGCUACGCCCGCGAGGAAAAUCACCACCGAGCGAUGGCGGUGAAAGCUCUGAAUGCCGACCUGGCGGACCCUCACCGCAGACUAUCAGAUUCAGUAUUAGCUACACUGUUGGUUUUAUGUCUAUUUCAUGGAUGCGAUACAGGUGUUGCUGAGUUCCGGACCCAAUUUGCCGGUGUCACACGGCUACUUGCGAUUCGAAUGCGCCACUCACGGGCCUUAAGUGAUAACCUCAAAUGGUUUAUUCGCAUGUUCUCUUGGCUUGACACUUUGACCGCCACCACGAAUGACCGUGACGUGCAGCUCAGAGGGAGAUGCUUGGAUAUCAGCUCAGUAACAGAUGGGGAAUGGGGCCUUGAGAAUUUGGCCGGCUGCGAUGGUCGCUUGUUCAAACUAAUCUCCCAACUGGGACGUUUGAAUCUUCUCAGUCAGGACCAGCAACCCACAGAAUCGACUAGUCCGUCUGAUGUUUCCGUCCCUACCACAUCCCUCCCGCCGGAUAUGUUGUUCCCCGGAUGGGCAUCCGUCACAGGACCUACCGGUCCAAGCUACCAAUUCAAUUCCGAAUAUGGGUUCUCUAUCCCUACUCCUCCCCCAAGUGAUGCACAGGCCAGAAAACCAUCUUCUCCUGCAUUUUGGACCGAGUGGUAUUCAUUGCGUCAACGUCUCGAAUCCUGGAGAUUCGACCCUCCCAUCACUACUACAAUGCCCUCUCCACCACCAUCCAUUUCACCGAAAAACCCAUCAUGGAAUUCUCCAACAUUCAUUCCAGAGUCUUCACCGUCCGCCCCAUCUGUGACUUAUCAUGUAGCUAUCGAAAAUCUUUCAGAUGUCUACCAAAUUUCUGAAUGUUUUCGUCACGCUGCCCUUCUCUACUGCGAGCGUCUCGCAGAACCGAGCCUUCCUUCACGCCAUCCGCGCAUUCAACAUCUUGUGCAUCUAGCCAUGCAUUGUAUUCGCGCUGUUCAAUCAGAUGUCUAUCUCCUCUGGCCGUUGUUCAUUGUUGGAUCCGAAUGUGUCCAAGAAGAUCAUCGGGCGGUCGUUCGUGCUCGCUGCAAGGACAUUUCCAAGGACUCUGGGUUUGUUAACAAUAUUUCUUGCCUGGAGUUACUUGAGAAAAUUUGGGUGGAAUAUUCAGACGAAUCUUCUUAUCCAGUCUACCCCUCUGAGCUGGGCUCUGCCUCUCUCCUCAACGGUGGUCCGGGCUCCGCUCCAUCUCAGGCCUUCCGGUGGGCUCGUGUUAUGCAAGCCAAGCGGGGUGAAGGAGAGUACAUGGUAGCAUGA